AUGAUGAGUAGUAGAAGUGCUGGAGAAUUACAAUCUUCUUCGACAUCCAUACAACCGCAGCAUGAGGAACAUGCAUCAUCUAGCAGCAGUAACAAACCUCAUGCAAAUAACAACAACAACAUGCUCGUGUUGGGAUCGCCCUCGCAGAUAGAAAACACUUCCUCCUCAACGACUCAUCCGCUUCUUAGUCAUUCAACUCCUCCUCAGACUAGCUCUAAUCAUUACCAUAAUAAUAAUAACAACAAUAACCUCAUGAUGAUGGUGAACGUACAAGCGUCAUCCAUGCCUAGUUCUUCUCCUUUAACGACAAGUACUCAUGCAGUCCUGAUUGGAAGCUCCCCCAUACCUCAACAACAGCCUUCUUCUUCGUCUGGAUCAUCAUCACACCAUCAUUCUGAACAGAGUAGUAGCAAUGGAUCAGCGUCAACCUUGAUAGCCAAUACAUCCUCUAAAUCCUCAACGAUCGCUCUUUCUUCUCCCUCUCCUCAACAUGAUGGAUUUAAUGAUCAUUCAAAUUUAAAAGAUGAUCAAGGCAAUAAUUCGUUAAUGGCGUCCUCUUCAUCGUCCUCUGUUCAGAACCCAACCAUCAUCACAUCGAUCAACAACCAAACGACACCCACAAAUGGUGGUGGGAACAGCACUAUUGUUUCAUUGUCGCCACAACCUAAUAAUGUCACUUCUCAUCCUCAGUCAACGACAACAACAUCUGAAAAAACGACAAAAACCAUCCCCACAAAUAUGUCAUCAACGCCGACUGGAACGCAAAUUCCCAUUCCACCUCCUCCGAAUGUUUCUGCUCACUUGCUUCCUUACACGACAUCAACAGGAAAAACACAGCUUUACAGUAUUCCACCCCUCACUUUGUGUGUUUUAAUGGACCAACUUGCAAACAAAAUUCAUCAACACUACAAUCCAUUAAAACCACAGGUAGAAACACGACUAAUUCCCCGAUCAGCAUCAACAGCAUCAAAAGAGCCAAAUGAUAAAGCACAUCAAGACCAAUUAAUUUCCUCAAGAAACAACAAGAAUGAAGGAUCGUCCUCAUUGUCUUCAACCAAGCAGCCAGAAACGCCUCCAGUGCAGGAAGAUCUUCCUCAAACAGAACAAGUGCAAAAACAGGUUCCUUCAACAAGCUCUAGGUCUAGAAGUACCUCAACAUCAAAAACAGCUCCUUCUCUCAUAGAUUUGCUCACAGAGGAAUUUCAUGCUAAUCCUUCUGGGUACAACGACAUUGCUCAAGCGACAAAUGUUUUAAUAGAAUUUUUGUAUGGCAAUACCGACAUGAAAGAUCGUCGUUCGGUUCCGUCUUAUCCCUCUUCUCAGCAUUCAUCUCCAUUGUUUUUCACUCCGACACCAUACACUUCAACUGUUUAUUCCUAUCCUUAUCAUCAGCCUCCUCCCAUUGGAUAUCAGGUAAUAACUGAACCAUCCCAGCAUCAUGUUCAACAUGUGCAACCUCCUCGUUCGAUGCCUUCAACCUCCUCAACAGCUCAACCAUCUAGUAAGGUUAAGACAACAAAUGCUCCUAAUGCCCCGCCCUCAUUUCCUCCCCCCAUUAUUGUACAGCCUUCGUCAGUCAGCAACUUGGAUCAAAAUUCAAAACCAUCAAGCUCUCCAAUUCCUCCCUCAAUUCAAACUUCUGCGUCUUCAUAUUCACCUAGUAAAGGGUUUGGUGAUGAAAAAUCCUCGAGCUCUUCAACACCAAUUCGAAUAAGAUGCGCUCCUUCCACCACAAGCACCAACGAAUCUCUUUCAUCGAGUUUGUUUUUAAGGAAAGAUGAAAGCGUGUUUGAGCCAAGCACAGAAGAAAAUGUGAAAAAGAAACGUGGAAAUAAGAAAUCAAACGAAGCUGACACCACAACAGACGAGCAAGAUUCAAGAUUUUCAUGUUAUAUUUGUGACAAAUCUGUAGUGGACAAAAAUACUAAGUACACAUUAACAUCUAAUAACUAUUCAUCAUUUGCAGAGGUGUUUCCUCAUGUGAAAAUACCAAUGUAUGGUGAAUCUAAGCGAAUAUGCGCAAAUUGUUAUCACAAGAAAUAUCGAAAUGCAAGGAAAAAGAAGGAACAAAGCGUUGAGGAAAAAAAAGAAACAACGACAAACUAUUCAGUGCAACUAUCCUAUUUAUUAGCUCCAUCUUUACAAACAGACAUGCACUCUGACAACUCUGAGCCAACCAACAAUACCUUAUAUACGUGUUGCAUUUGCUCCAAGUCCAGUACCUCUCCUUCUUUUGUAGACACAAAUGCAAUCAACUCUCAGAACUACCAUGCCUAUCAAAACACUUUUCCUCAUCACCUUCCUCAACAAUUUUCUCCUGAUCGAUUGAUGCCAAUUUGUGAAUCAUGCAAACAGGUGCAUGAAAAUGACAAAAAGCGCAAACAACCUCCCUCAUCCUCAACAGAGAAUGAAGCUUCUAAAAAACUCAAACAGUAA